AUGAAGCUUCUCAUUUUGGUAGCCGCGCAGUGUAGUCGUUUGCGAAAGAUUCACAGAUCGAUAGAACCUCCAAAGAUGAAUGUCGACUGGUACGCGUAUGAAUGGACGGGUUUCUCACCAGAGACUCAUUGUAGCAAGGAUGGCGAGGUGUUCAUAAUCCAAUGCUCGGAGCUGCUCAGCUUCCUACCGUUUGGUGGAAUGGAGUGUCAGCAGAUCGCACAUGGUAAAAUCCCGAAGAUCAAGGAAUUCCUCGAAUCAGGAACUGCUGCAAAGGAUGUCUGCAGCAAGUUGAAGGCGUGCUGA